AUGGUCUUAGACAGCCCACAUGCGGAUUCUGUAGAGACGAAUCGCCUGUCAGUAUCGAUUGGGAUCAGACUGGUUUAUUCAAAUGUUGAUAAACGCAAGAAAGUUUCCGAGGGAUUCGAGGAGCGGUUUAACGGAAAGAGAUUACGGAAGACAACGACAUCUUUAUUGCCAGUAUCUCGUGCUGAAGGGACACAAUUCUUUUAA